AUGAAGAUGCCUACCCUGGAACAAGGAGAGGCGCUUUACAAGACACGGAUUGAGAGAGCAAAGAAGGCUAAAAAGCUUUACGAAACAACGGGAGAGAUUAUCUACCAACCAUUAGUUGAUAAACUGGCAGCAGACCCAAAAGUUGAUUCAUUAGCAGGCUUAGCAGGACCAGUCAUUUGGUCAUGGUAUGGUCCGUGGACUUUGAAGAAUUUUCAUACAUUCAUGAGAGAAAUUACCCUUUAA